AUGAAGGGCCAUAUCUUCUCUUCCCUCCUGUCCGAUGAUAGAGUCCAAAUCUUAGAGGAUAAGAUAGGAUAUCAUUUCACCUCGCGUGAUUUGCUCCGCGAGGCACUACAAUCAUCCAAUGGCGUGAAUGGAGAUGCAAAUAAGAAUCUCGCGUUGAUCGGCGACGCCGUUAUCGACACCGUUCUCGUCAUCCACGGCUAUGGCAAGAAACAGCCUAAGGGCAUGAUAUCGGAUGUUAAAUCCCAAAGGGCUGGCAACAAAUAUCUUACUGCCCAAGGCUUUUCGCUAGGCAUCGACCAAUUCGUUGUCAUCAACCCGUCUCAGACUGUGGUUGGCGUCAAAGUUAUGGCCACAACCAUGGAGGCCAUUAUCGGAGCAGUCUUCCUUGACUCCGGUCACCAGCUUGGCCCGUGUAUCAAGCUCAUGGUCGUUUUGGGCCUUUCUUGGCCAGAGUGA